UUGAUCAAAAUGUAAAAUAAAUUUCCGUUUGAACCAGAAGAAAAAUCGUUUAUAAUUCAGGAGUACUCGAAAUGUACGGUAUGACACCAAGUUUUUUGUUUACAUUCGAUCUUUUAUUGCUUGGUGUUUCAACACAGAUAUUGGUAUAUCAGAAUGUCGCCAACCAGACAAAUUUUCACUUUAAAAACUGUAACAGGUCAGCCGCCCCAUUUCACGUGCAGCGUUUUCAGUUGAAUCCUGAUCCAAUAAAUCUCCGAGAGCUGAUUAUUCUAACCGUGGAAUUUAAUCUAGAAAGUUAUGUUGGACAAGACGGCAACAGAAUAGAUGUUGAUUUGAAUUGGAGACUAAAAACUGAUAGAGGCUACACGGAACUGUGUGACAUUAUAGGUGAAUAUUAUUGCUAUUUGAAUCACUUGUGUGCAGAACUUGAAAGAUUAAUGAAACAUAAUAGCUGCCCAAAAUUUAUGAUGGAGAGGUAUGACAACAAUUGUUCGUGCCCUUUCUUAAAGGUUUGUAUUUGACCAUGAUGUAUUUGUUAAAGGA